AUGUACCUGACACCUCCCUCGACCUCGAACUCCCCCGUAUCGCAGUAUUCACAGUUCUUCGAAACGAGUUCGUCCAGUUCUGACACUUCCUGCCCCCCGAAUCGCCUGCCGUCUUGCUACGGCUCUCCAUUUCAGCAAGCUGUUUCAGGCGUUUCACAGUCAGAUUUGGAUUCGGAUUCGUACUCCCACCACGCUCGCUGGUUCACAGUGCCUCAGCCUGAGCUUCUAUCACCGCCUCCCAUGGACCACGGUAGCACUGCUUGGGUCACACCAGACGGCUUAGUGGCUGGGACAAGCACAGCUUCUUCAAGCUCGGUAGAACCUGACGCCCUGCAUGCGGAUUUUAAUGCAUUUGCUGGAUACGACUCCUGUUUGCCUGCCCCAUAUCAGACACAUGACGCCUACAUGUCACCCAGUCGCAACCCAUCAGUCCAUGAGCCCUCAUUAUCUUCUACCAGCCAAUCUACGCGAGCGCCAGCAAUAGGCGCAAGGCCACCAUAUGGAUACUUGCAAGAUCCCUCUAACUCGAGAUUCAGAGUCGAAGGCUCCGUGAGCAGCUAUGGCCAGGGAUAUGAGCCGCAACCGUACUCAACUGCCGGUCCAUCUACUGCUGCUUAUCAAACCGACGGGGCCCCCUUCACUUCAAACCUGCCCUCCAGCCUCGGCGCAAGUGCUUCAACGACCUGGCCGAAGCAAGAAUAUGAGUUGCCGCAGUUCUAUUCUACCCCGCAAACCCAACUUCCUGACCUUGGCCAGGAGAGGAGACUAUUGAAGACGAACAAGGCCAAGAGACCCACCAGAAAACACACAUCGAAGGAGGAGGCCAACUUUCAAUGCGAAGUCAAAGGAUGCGGGAAGUUCUUCAGUCGCAGCUACAAUUACAAAUCGCACCUGGAGACUCAUGAUGAGAAGCGCGAAUAUCCAUUUCCUUGCACUGUUGAUGGGUGCACCAAGAAGUUUGUGCGGAAGACCGAUCUUCAACGACACCACCAGAGUGUGCAUAUGAAGGAGCGCAAUCACAAGUGUGACUAUUGUGGACGCCUCUUUGCUCGAAAGGACACUCUGAGAAGACACAUGGAGGACGGCUGUUCGAAGCGAUUUGAUAUCGGGACACUCAACUUGCAAGGCCCAGGUUUCGCAGGGUUAGGGAUUGUUAGCCCAACCAGACCAUCCGGUUUAGACCCUCGCCGUCCUGGAUAG